UCAAACACCGAAGAAGAAAAUCAAUAAAACGCGCGUUGAAAAAGCCAUAACAACAGUCUUCGCGUUAGCUUUGGUUUGUGUAACAUAAUGGCAUCCAAGAAACCGUUAAAUAUACGGAAAGUAGAGAAAACCGCUUCAAGUGACUCGAAAAAUUUAUCCACUGAAAAUGAAGCCAGCGGUGGAAAUAACAGUGGUGCAAGGAGGAAAACAAAAGGCACGAUUGUGAAGCCUCGAUACAUGCAAACUGAAACAAAGGCUCCUUCAAAGGGCAGUGUACAGCAGCAAUCAAUGCUGAUGCCACCCAGACCAUCCUCUCCCAGAGUAAGCAACCCGCGAAAGCCAAGGGAGGGCGUACUGUCCAGACGUACAAUGAGCUGUCUGGCAGACAAUGACUCUAACUUGGUCGCCAGCAUUCUGGAAUCCUCAAAUGUGGGAGGAAAUGUCUUUCAGUCGACUGUUUUGGAUGGUCACUGCAUUCGUCCAGAUUUUGAUGUCUCUGUCAUUAACGAUAAAGUUGUGCAGCCAAACACAGUGGACCUGGAUAAUGACGAAAGGGACAUAGCAAUGGAGACGUUUAUUUUGGCCUUCCUCACUGCUAAGAUUGAGCAUAAUACCCGAAAAUUUCGAGAGGAGGCUGAGAGGAAUAUUAUGGCUGUGAUGGAGAAAGAGCAGCAGUUAUCAGCUCAAGUUAAUCGCAAGAAACGACAGUAUCUGCUGAUGGAAAAGCAGAAACAGCUGAACAGUUUACUGGACUUACAGAUGGAGGCUUUAGGUCCUGUUGCUGCUGCAGUAAACACAUUUGCAGAGGACUACAAGUCAUUUGCCACUGCCAUUGAUGCCACGAGACACAGUCUUCCUGUGAAGAACGUGGACAUCGGAGAAGAUGCCGACCAGUUUUUAAACAAAGCUGUUGAAUCUCUGAAUCAGAGUGAGCAUGUCUUGCAACAUUAUACAAAGGACAUUCCCACUGAUUGUGAGGCUUCAAAACAGUGUCUUAGACAGAUGGAAGAUACAGCUAAUGCAAUCAGCCAGCAGGUGACAAGGACUUUUUCUGAUCUUCUGGAGGUGUCCUCACUUGUAAGCCGAGAGACCGUUUUAAUCGAGCAGUCAUUGGAGGAAGAAGAAAUCGGACCGAGCACAGCCCAGACUCUCUUUUGUCCCUCCACGCUGUGAUACAUUAUCGCAUUGGUUUACAAUUAAAUAAAUAACGCAUGUUAAUAAUCAAUUUAUUUUAGAUGUUUAUUUCAUACAUUUGCUGCAUAAUGAUUAAAAGAAUGUGUCAUGUGUUCAGUCAGACUGGUGGUGGAGUGCA